AUGUCAUUUCAGUUGGGACUUCAAUUCCCAUACCUUGAAAGACUGCUCCAUAUAAAAAGUGUUUCUCAAGAAGACAAAAGACAGCAGGACAGUGAGAAGAUUUUUGACUCUUGCACUGUCCUGCAGAGGGCGAUAUCAGGAACACUGCAGCUGCUGAGUGGAAAUGGCCAACCUCUGGUUAACUACCGCUGUAACCAAGACACCCAUUUGGCUGCUGUCAUUGGCCACUCCAUCUCCACCUACACCAUGCUGUUGGCUCAUAUUCUGGGGCUCUAUCGGUACCCACAAAUCAGCCAUUUCUCUACAAGUUCUCUUCUCAGCAAUCGGAUUCAGUUCCGUUCAUUUUUUAGGACUGUACCCAGUGAUGCCUUCCAGUCCCGAGGCUUAGCCCAGCUUGUGUUGCAUUUUGGGUGGACCUGGAUUGGUCUGGUAGCAACUGACAAUGAUUAUGGACAACAAGGUAUCCAAAUGAUCAAAAGGGAUAUCUCAAAAGCUGGCGGUUGUAUGGCCUUCACAGAGAGCAUUGCUAUCAACCAGCCAGAUAGAAACGCUCCACACAUUGUUCAGGUGAUCAAAGAAUCGACGGCCACUGCAGUGGUCAUCUUUUCUACGGACGUAGAUCUGGUUUAUGUUCUCGACGAGAUGCUAAAGCAAAAUGUAACAGGAAAAAUCUGGAUCGCUAGUGAGGCUUGGGCCACCUCUGCCUCCUUGUCUGUUCAGAAAUACUCCAAGCUGCUUCAUGGAACCAUUGGCUUUGCUCUGCACAGUGGGAAAAUGCCAGGAUUUGGGGAUUUCCUCAACAAGAUCUAUCCAUCCAUGUCUGUAGGAAAAGAAUGGAUAAAGUUAUUCUGGGAGGAAGCAUUCACCUGUAAGUUCUUGGACAAGGAAAAUCAAACAACAUCUUUGCCAUCAUCAGUAAAAGAAUGCACAGGGGAGGAACGCCUAAGUAACAUCCUAAAUAGCUAUAAUGAUAUAUCUGGUUUGAGAGUGACAUACAAUAUCUACAUUGCAGUUCAUGUUGUAGCCAGAGCUCUUCAGGACUUAACCAGCUGCAGGCAAGGAAAUGGACCAUUUUUCAAUGGAACAUGUGCAGAUAUACAAAACUUUCAACCAUGGCAGGUAAUGUCAUUCUGA